GGCAACAAAAUUUAGAUUAAUUUUCAUUUGUCAAAGAUUGUCAAGAAUAAUGAACAACUCAAAAUUCCUGUGAAAAAAAUGCUGAUCAUCUUGAGAUAUGCCAUCUUCCGUAACAAACUUACCUAAACAACCUCCAGUUCCUCCAACGCCAGUUAAUGCAUCAGCAGAGCCCAUAAAAGAUAAAAAACCGACAGUUCUUGAAUGUCAUGGAUAUUUUCUAGGAAAAACUAUAGGAACAGGCUCUUAUGCUACUGUUCGGGUAGCUCACAGCAGUAAGCACGAAGGUGAUGUAGCGAUCAAAAUAGUGAGCAAAUUCUCGGCACCAGCCGAUUAUUUGAAGAAAUUUCUACCGAGAGAAAUUGAAGUAGUGAAAGGUCUUCGUCAUCCAAAUUUGAUAAGAUUUUUGCAAGCCAUUGAAACAACACAUAGAGUCUACAUAAUAAUGGAGUAUGCGGAGAAUGGUAGCCUGCUGGACGUGAUCAGAAGGGACAGCUCUAUAGAUGAACAUCGGGCCAGGAAGUGGUUCCGCCAGCUGGUGGAAGCUGUGGAUUAUUGUCAUGAAAGAGGUGUGGUCCACAGGGACAUCAAGUGCGAGAACAUGCUGAUGGACGCCGAAUACAACAUAAAACUGUCGGACUUUGGCUUCGCCCGUGGUCAUCUGAAACCCAGAAACGGACAGAUGCCUUUAAGCGACACCUUCUGCGGCAGCUACGCCUACGCCUCGCCUGAGAUACUGAGGGGCAUACCCUACCAGCCACAGCAGGCUGACAUCUGGUCGAUGGGCGUGGUCCUCUUCGCCAUGGUCUUCGGUAGGCUACCGUUCGACGAUUCCAAUUACAGGGAGCUGAUCAAGCAAGUCAGCAACAAGGUGGUCUUCCCCAAGGAGCCCAGGGUGUCCCCCAUAUGUAAGACGCUGAUAAACAAGAUACUGUCGCCGGCCAAGUCUAGGGUUAGAAUAUCAGGCAUAAGGAACGACCAGUGGUUCAGUCAUGUGCAAGCUGGGACGACGACUCAGAACGACACCUUGACGGAAGACGAUUCGGCCAAUCAGAACGCAGAUCACAAUAACGCCUCCUUGGUGACCAAAGAUCAAAUCGUGAGGAUAGCGAACGCUAGGAACAGAAGUGAAGACGAUUCAGAUACUGUGCUCAAGAAUGCUGCUAAGAAAAAUGAACAACACGAACAUAUAAACAUUGAAAUGGCUUCAGUUGAACAACGUUUGCAACUGAAACGUGAACCAUUAGAUAAAUGGUCCGUCAGGGAACAAUUAUGCUUAGCCUCUGCCGUAGCAAGGAGUGGAGAUCAGAAUUGGAUGUCUGUUAGCCGAUCGUUGAAACCUUUCGGAGACCCAAACCGGCCAUCUGACUGGUUCCACCAGAAAAACUGUGCUGCUCAGUAUGGAGCCUUGUUGGCGAAUGUCGAAACACCUAAAAGAAAGAAAAGAACUUCAGGGGGCGAUUUUGGUAUUGAAACUCCCGCGGAAAGCAUUUUCAGGCAAUUGAAAAAUGAGAGAAUAGCGGAAUUAAGAAAGCUACUUGCAGAAGAGAGAGCCGAGUACUUGAAAUUGCAAGAAAACAUGGCAGUAUUAUCAUCAGGCAAAUUUACUGAAGACCAAUUGGACCGUUGGUGCAAAGAAAUAGACGACGAAGAAAACAGAAAAGAACUGGAAACAAUGCGUCAUUCCCAGUGGUUGAAAGAACGGGAAACCAGAAAACUAGAGAUAGAAAGGGCGUGGAGACCUGCAAAACCAAGCACACCACAGAUGCCCAACCAACUGAAACGUAAAAAUUCAGAAUCCUUCGACGUCUUAAUGGAAACCGAUCAGCAACACCUAGAAGACAACAGUUCCAACUCCAAUCCUCCCAUUCAAGAAUCCCCGAAACCCCAACUAUCACUCUCACCCCUUCUCACCAGUCUGUUGAAAUCCCCGUCACAAGUUCAAAACAUCAACCAAGCAUCGAUACUUCACUCGGCUAUCACGAAUCAGAGGCCUGCCCCAUCGAACGCUCAGAAUAUGAGCCCAAGCAUAAGUUCCAACACUUCUACCAACCCGAUGAUAGCGAGCCUGUUGAAUUCUACGACGAACGUGGCCGUUUCACCGGGAUUGCAACACUUGGUGAGCACUGCCAUCGGGCAAGAGACUGAGAACGUUACCUUAGACCUGCAAAAUGCUGAUUUGGCAACGCCGGAUAUACUAGACGAUGAAACCUUGAGAAACUUGAAAAUCGAGGAUAUCACCAACAGUAUCAUAGUGCCGGAUGGCCCCUUGCCAGAAAUGAAAAACGACGUUGACGUGAUCAUCUCUGACCUGAUAGCGGAUCCCGAACAACACCUACAGCUGGACAACAAUGGCGACAUAAAUAUAAACCUGGAACUCGACGAUUUGGAUGAGGCAGAUCUAGAUCCUGAACCAGAGGAAAAACUGGAAGAACAGGUUGUGGAAGAAGCUCCGAUAAUUAUUCAGGCCCCCAUUGUGACCGAACCAGAAAAACCGGUGGUGGAGAAAAUAGUCCCCGUUAUAGAUCCCUUCGAGUUUCAGGAGGACCCCGAGUAUGAACCCAAGAUUCCAAUGAAACAGCCGGAUCAGAGCAAGAUUCAAUUGGCCCCAGUUCCACCUCCUCAAGCGGAGCCCCCUGAGCAGCCUGAAGUGGUGGUCGAGGAGACAGUAAACGACCAGGUCGAUGUCUUGGAGGCCAGUUUGGGGUUGGAAGAUGAAGUUUCAGUUAAGGAAAAAGAAGACGAAGCUGCAAUUGGUUCCGGUUCUGUCGAAAUCGUGGAAGUUGCUGUGGAGGAAGAGGAAAUAGGAAAGGUGUUGGAUAAAACGCAGAUCCAAGAUAUAGUACACACCAGCAGGUUAGAAACAGAGUUGGAGGUCAGUAGGAAAGAAGUAGAAGAUAGUACGGAGGUCGAGGAGAAUGUAACCACUGUGAAAGUGGAGGAACUGGAAGAAACAGAGAAGAACGAAGAGACAGAGGAGGCUUUGACAGAACAAGAUCAAGUCAAGGUCGAAGUUAAGGAAGAAGAAGAAGAAAGGCAGGUAUCACCGGUGGACUCUCAAACCGAGAACCAGUUGAACAUCUCCCUUGAGAUCGAUAAGACCUCGGACAGUAUAACUAUAGAACAGCACAACUUCUCCGAUGAGCUCUACGACGACGUCCAGAUGGAGGUGAAGAUCGACAAAACCGGUAAGGCGAAAAGGGAUUACUCUCGUACUAAAAAGAAAGAGGAAAAAGAAUUCGAUAUACUUUUAGCGAUCGAGAAGGCCCACAUGGAAGAGAACGAGCUGUUGGACGACUUGUCGGACCGUGAAUUUUCAGAAAGAAGCAAGGAAGAAACGAAAAAAGACGAACCCAAGAGCGAAAACGAAAGGUCCAACAGUCCUUGGACGGAAGAAGAGGACGUUUCUAGCGUGCAGUCGAAAAGGAGGAUCUCCACACCGGCUACACCCUCCGAUUCUGUUCCGAACUCACCUGCUUCCAGCUCGGCCUACUACGAUGACGAUAAAGAGUACAGGAACUGGAAAAAGUCGAUAAUGCUCGUUUACAGUUGGCUUGCGGCCCACAAAUACUCCUCGUUGUUCUUGAAACCGAUAACGGAUGAGCAGGCACCGGGUUACCACAACAUGAUUUACAGACCCAUGGAUUUCCACACGUUACGGAAGAAUAUAGAGAACGGGGUGAUCAGGACAACCCAGGAGUUCAAAAGAGACGUUAUGUUGAUGUUGAACAACGCCAUUAUGUACAACAAGACCAACGGGACUGUUUAUAACAUGACUAGAGAGUUGCAGCAGGAGGCUGUGGAGUCCAUACAGUUGCUGUUACAAGCGCAGUCGAGCGAAGAUGCGCCACCUAGACGUGAAACGAGAUUGAGCGAGCCUGGUUUGAAGAGGAAGAGAGUGUCUGAUGAAAACGUGAGAAGUAAGAAACGAAAGGAAGAGUAACAGUGUUUGUUUGAGGAGUGAAUGUUGCGUGAGAUAAUUUUCAUGAGAAAUCCUACUUAAUUUGUAUAUAUUCCAAGUGUUUUUCAUGAAAAAUAUUGUUUUUUUAUAGAGAAAAUUACAUAUAUGUAAGUUGAUGUGAAAAUUUCAAAUUGAGAUUGUUUUAUUUAUUUCGUUGCCCACUUCGAUUCAGGGAUU